GUGGCGUCUCACCUGCCGUUUAAAACUGGACGCUAAAAAUGUGGAGAGGACUAAGAGCAUUGUUCAUUGAAAUGCAUACAGUAAUCCCAAUGAAUACGAUAAACUGUUUUGCUUAGAAUUUCAAUGGUCAGUCCCAACAAUUUGCUCAUUUUCAGAUCUCGCGCAUCACUGAUCAUCUAAUAAGGAUGGAUUCAAAGGAUUUCGAAACGGCAUCUGGAAAACUUGUUCAAUAUAUUAUUGAGUAUCGAAACGGUGCAAACAAACGGAAAUUCUCUGUACUUCCUGAUCUGGAGAAGAUUAAACCUGGUUAUCUGCAAAGGCUACUGCCCAACAGAGCACCGGAAAACAAAGAGCAGUUUGACGAAAUACUUCAAGAUAUAAGGCAAAAAAUCAUACCUGGAGUGACUCAUUGGCAACAUCCAGAUUUCCAUGCGUUCUAUCCAACUUGCACAUCCUAUCCAACAAUGCUCGGAGACCUGUUAGCUGCAGCUAUUGGAUGUGUAGGAUUCACAUGGUUGGCUUGUCCAGCGUGCACAGAAUUGGAAGUGAUUACACUGGAUUGGCUAGUGCAUGCGUUGAAACUACCAGAGAAGUUCCUGUCAGCUACUGGGAAACGUGAUCCUUCACAUACAGGCGGUGGAGUAAUAGAGCUGUCAGCAAGCAUGGCGUGUGCAACACUAACAAUGGGUUUGCGUGACAGGAUGCUGAGAAAUUACAUCAAGGAUCCACAUUCACUGAGCGAAGAUGAUCAUCUGAAGGGGAAUGGACCGGGUUCUUUGGUUGAUCGAAUGGUUGCUUACACAUCGGACCAAGCACACAGUUCAGUGAGUCGAGCAUUUCGAAUAGCUAUGGUCAACAGUCGGAUAAUCAAGUCGAAACGAUGUGGCAGACGUCUUGUUUUCGAUCCCGUCGAUCUUCGUCGAGCUAUUGAAAAGGAUCUGGAGAAGGGAUUCAUUCCUCUGAUGUGUGUUGCAACGAUGGGUACAACAUCGACAUGUGAAUUCGAAGACCUACAGGGAAUAGGACAAGUCUGUAAUGACUACGGCAUUUGGUUUCAUGUGGAUGCAGCCUACGGUGGGAUCGCACUACUCUGUCCUGAACUUCGCCAUCUGAGCAGAGGGAUCGAGCUAGCCGAUUCUGUCAACAUUAAUGCGCAUAAAAUGAUGAUGGUGAAUGUGGACUCCUCACCUCUGUGGCUCAGUGAUCACCGAGUGCUGACUGAGGCGUUCGAAGCCAAUCCGCUUUACUUGCAUCAUGCAUAUGGAGGAAUGCCUGAUUAUCGCAAAUGGAGUUUGUCACUGGCCAGAGGCUUCAGAUCACUGAAACUGUGGUUCGUCCUACGUACGUAUGGAUUGAGUGGUUUACGCGAAAUGACACGACAUCAUGUCGAAUUGGCCAAGCAUUUCGAGAGACUGUUGACAGAAGAUGGUCGUUUCCACAUAACCAAUGAUGUGCAAUUCGGCUUAGUGUGUUUCCAGUUAAAGAAUGAUAAUUCUCUCACUGUGGCCUUACAUGAUGAAUUGAUGAAGAAGGGUGACAUCUUCUUGGUGUUGGGCUCCACCGAGAUCAGUGGGGAAGAAGGUGAUGAAGCGGUCGAAGCUGUUAGCACUGAGAUUGUAUUCCUUCGAUUUGUCUGCAUACAUGGAACCACGAUGGAUGACGUGGAAUUCGCCUACGAAAGAAUCUCAGCUGCAGCUUCUUAUAUUCUAGAAGGAAAUGAUGAGGGAAAUGGAGGAGUGGUUACCAAAGGAACUAGAUAGCAAGUCAGUUUACAUCGCUUCAUUAACGAACUGUUCACAAUUACUGUGAGUAUCAAAGACAUGCAGACACACAUACACCCUUGUAUAGAUAGUGAGAUUUUAUCGAAAUAUAUAUCUUACUUUGAUCACAUGCUCUUUCAUGUGCAUGCGAGAUAGGCCACAACUGUACGAUGCACAACAUACGUGACAAAAU